UCGUCACAGGAGAUUCAGAGCCGGGCGACUGCGGGCGGGGCGUCGCACCUCUCUUCAACGCACCUGUCCUCAACCAUGAGCCCCAGGGGCACGGGCUGCUCCGCCGGGCUGCUGCUGACGGUCGGCUGGCUGCUCCUGGCGGUCCUCCAGUCUGCGCGCGGGACCAACGUCACCGCCGCCGUCCAGGAUGCCGGCCUGGCCCAGGAAGGCGAGGGCGAGGAGGAGACCGAAAACAACGACAGGGAGACCGCGGAGAACUACGCCCCGACUGAAACCGAGGAUGUUUCAAAUGCGAAUGUAGUCAAAGAAGUAGAAUUCGGAAUGUGCACCGUUACAUGUGGUAUUGGUGUUAGAGAAGUUAUAUUAACAAAUGGAUGCCCUACUGGUGAAUCCAAGUGUGUCGUACGGGUAGAAGAAUGCCGUGGACCAACAGAUUGUGGCUGGGGUAAACCAAUUUCAGAAAGUCUUGAAAGUGUUAGACUGGCAUGUAUUCACACAUCUCCUAUAAAUCGUUUCAAAUAUAUUUGGAAACUUCUAAGGCCAGACCAACAAUCCAUUGUACUUGUAAAUGAUUCAGCAAUCCUAGAAGUACGCAGGGCAAAUUACCCCUUGGCUUUCCAGUGUGACACUCUGGAUAAUAAUGAAAUAGUAGCAACUAUUAAAUUCACAAUCUAUACGAGCACUGAAUUGCAAAUGAGAAGAUCAGGCCUACCGGUCACUGAUGCAGCCCUAAUUUUUGUGCUGACCAUAGGAGUCAUUAUCUGUGUAUUUAUAAUCUUCUUAUUGAUCUUCAUAAUCGUAAAUUGGGCAGCAGUCAAGGCUUUCUGGGGGGCAAAAGCCUCUACACCUGAGGUACAAUCAGAGCAGAGUUCUGCGAGAUACAAAGAUUCAACUUCUCUUGACCAAUUACCAACAGAAAUGCCUGGUGAAGAUGAUGCUUUAAGUGAAUGGAAUGAAUGAUGUAUGAAUGAUAUAUAACAAAUCAAAGGAUAUUACAGAAUAUUAGAUUCAUUAUUAUAAAAAUAAAAUAUACAUUGAAAUACUUUAAUAAUGUUGCAAUGGAUUGCCACAGUGUGAAGGAAAUGCAAUGUGAGGGUAGGACUACUUUAUCACUGCUUUUUUCCAGUACAGUUAUCAAAUACUACUUUUAAUUUUUUCUCAACACUUAUUUCAGGUAAUAGCUUGGGGAUAUUUAUCUAAAGGUACCCCCAACAAAUCUUCUAAGUGCAUUUUUGAUCACUUUGAUAACUUCUUAGGUGAUUUUCCUGUUUUGUCCUAAAUAAGAACAAUGUAAUAUAGAAAUGCUCUACACAUUAGACUUCCUCUCCCCUGAAAGCACUGUGUGUUGAACUUGCUAAAGCAAAUCACACUUUAGAAUUUCUGCAGGGAAUGUGACAUACAAAGUUUGUAAGACAUGAAGUAAUAAUGAUAAUGAUAACAAUAAAUACUUAGUGACUACUAUGUGCCAAGCAUUGCUCAAUCCAUUUUCCAUAUAUUAGGUGACUUAAAUAUGAUUCUAUAUAGGAAAUAUGUAAGGAAGAACUGGAGAGGAACUUGGAGGUGCCUGAGGAAAUGACAUGAAUUUAACACAUCCUGUAUUUCUCAGAGAAGCAGUGAGUUAAGGACUUUUGAAUGACCACUGAUAAGCACCUUCAUUGUUCUUGGUAUACAGGUAACAUCUCAGAACCAAGGUACUUAACAUUAUCACUGCCUUUUUGUUCUGUGUAAUUAUGUGAUACUGUUAUGGCCAACUAUCAAACAAGGUACCAAGACAUUAUUUUGAUUCAGUAGACUUCAUCAGAAAUGAAUUUUCAGAGGUUAUCAUGGUAGCACAAAAUAUAUACUUUUUAAUGUUUAUAUGAAUUCUAUGCCAACUUUAUUUCUAUUAUUAUGGGAUUAAUCUGAUACCAUUAACUCUUUGCACACCUGUGCAGAAGACAUUGUAAAUGGGCAUUUAUGGUACAACUCCCUCUAGUAGCCAAGAAAUAGGCUGUGUUGUAGAAUUAUUCAUGUUUUCUGUUACAUAGCAUUUGUAUUUGAGAAAAGCAAUGAGGAAUUGGCUGGAAAAUGAUUUUGUUAUCUAUUGUAGGAAAUCCACUGAGGACUUUAAGUGAAAAAAAUUGUUUUCAUAACAUUUUCCAAAAGAAUUAUUUUUGGUUGCCCCCGGAGGUUCUGUCUGGGGAGUUUCUCAGUUGGU